GUGCUGACUGCACCACCGUUGCCGAGUGCAAGUAACGGUUUCCCAAAAUCGGAAGGUUCAUGUUCUUUUUCACGAAAUAGCGGUCCCGAGCCUCCCGCCGCCGCUGGCCCUGUUGGCCGAGCGCCCGCGAUGAAGGCCGCUUUUAAUGAUGAGGCCUACGCCGCCGUUUUGCGCGAAAACGCCCGCGUAGACCGCUUGGUUUCGCACGCUUCUGCGGCUGGUUCACCGCUUUUGCCUGCCUCUCCUCGUAACUCACAAUCCGGCCCGCCUUCGGGUGGUACCCAGAUUGUCCUGCCGGCUGCCGGUGCCAUUUCCCCUGAUGAUAUUUCUUCGGGGAAGGUAAGCGCACCCGCGCGGCAGGCCCCUGUUUUUAAUGGAAGUCAGGAAUAUUACAACGAUGAGGUUUUCCUCUUUUUGAAACCGCCGCCCUUUCUGUCUAAUUGGACGCCCUGUGAGUUCUCGGUCCAUGGCAUUCGCUACGUGUGCGGCGAGCAGUUCAUGAUGGCGGAGAAAGCCCGCAUUUUCGGCGAUGAUGCCGCUUAUGCCAAAAUCAUGGCUACCUCCGACCCGAGGGAACACAAGUCCCUUGGUCGCAAGAUACGCCGUUUUGACCAUGCCCUCUGGAAGCUCCGACGCGAGGAUGUUGUCUUUUCGCUUUUGUAUGCAAAAUUCGCCCAAAAUGCUGACGCGCGCGAACGAUUGUUGGCUACGGGUGACAGACAGAUAGCGGAGGCUAGCCCUUAUGACGGAUUGUGGGACAUUGGUGUUGAUGCCUUCGAUCCGCGUGCGGCGUCGCCCUCCAAGUGGACUGGGUGCGCCGAGUUGGAGCCCGGUGACGUGCUUGGAGUGGCGACUGCCCCACUUGUGCAGAUUCCGCUCGCGUCGAUUGAUCCCACACCGCAGACGGCCGAGGGUGUUGGGUCGAGUGACCCUACGCCGCCGACCCGUUCCGAAAAUGGGCCGCCGUCUCGCGUUACUUCUGUGCAUUCGAACAUCCCGGUUGCGGAUCCGAAGAUCUCUCGGCCCCACUGCCGCCGAAACCGCCGCCACCGGAACUGUUGGAACGCCUCUCGGACACGCAGCGACCUGGCGGAUGUGCUGUGUGACUUUUCGGAUGUGUUUUCGCGGUCACCGUCCGAUUUCGAUUGCUGUUCCGUGAAACCGUUUCGUUUGGAAGUGCCCGCGGACGCGAAACCGUUGGCCUCGCGUCCCUAUAGGCUCAACCCUCUGGUGGAGAAAAAGGUCGAUGCAAUUCUCGAUCAAUGCCUUGCUGCCGGUCUUAUCCAGCACUCGCAAUCGCCGUGGGCGAGCCCUCUGGUUGUCAUCCCUAAAAAGGACGGCAAUCUGCGUUUGACCGUGAACUACAAAAAGCUAAACAAAUUGUGCAGCCUUGGCCAACAACCGCAGCCGCGUGUUGACCACAUCAUCGAUUCCCUGCACAAGGGCAAAGUGUUUUCCAUUUUCGAUCUAAACUCCGCUUUCCACCGGAUCACAGUCGAGGAGGACACGGGAAGCUCCGUUGCACCGUCAUGGUUCACUAUGGUCAUCAACGAAGUGGUCAACGGUCUGGACCAUGUGCUUGCGUACCUAGACGAUGUGAUUGUGUUUGACGCCGACCCCGUGCACCAUGUCGCCAACAUACGGUUAUUUUUGGAGUGUUUGCGCAAGUACAACCUGAAGCUUUCUCCUCUUAAGAGUCGCGUCGGCGCUAAGGAGGCUGUUUAUUUAGGCCACACCAUCUCCCCUGCAGGUGUUAGUCCUCGUGCCGAUGAGGUCGAAGCCCUCACAAAUAUGCCGCUGCCUAAUAAUGUCAAACAGCUGCGUUCUUUGCUGGGUGGGCUUUCGUAUUACCGCAAAUUCAUCAAGGGUUUGGCCGUGCGCGUGAAACCACUCGCCGACUUUUUGCGUGAGGACGCGAAGUUUUGUUAUACGCCGGCUAUGGUGGACGCUGUCAAAGUACUCUUGGCGAAACUGUCCGAACCUCCGGUUUUGGCUUUCCCGGAUUGGGACGCUGUCGCGGAUGGCAGCCGCCCUCUCCGGCUUUGCUGUGACGCCUGUGUGGAUGGUUUUGGUGCAGCUUUUGAACAAGAACAGGCCGAUGGUUCCGUUCGCCCCAUUCUGUUCGUUAGCCGCGCUACGCUCGAAUCCGAGCGCAAUUGGACCGUGCUCUACUUGGAGGCUGGAAGUAUCGUGUGGGCAAUCAAACGCCUGCGCGGCUAUUUUGGUCUACGCACUUCCUGA